AUGAGUCAUCAAACUACUGAGGUGGAAAAAAGAUUCUGGUUUACUAAAAGGAGUAAUAAUUCACCUGUGGAUCUGAAAACAGAUUCAGACUACACAGAUCGUGUGGAGUAUUUCUUUCAUAACGAUGACUGCACUCUGAGAAUCAGAGACCUGAGAGAGAGAGACUCUGCUGAGUACAAGUUCAGGUUCAUAACAAACCAUGGUGGUUUCACUGGUUCACCUGGAGUCACUCUGUCUGUUACAGACCUCCAGGUGCAGGUGACAAGACCAUGGACCCAGGGAGAGCUGAGGUGUCACAGCAGCUGUAAUGUACCUGAUAAUCCUUCAUAUGUCUGGUUCAAUAAUGGACAGAAAAUGGAUGGAGAAACAUCUUCUUCUCUCAGAGUCUCUGUUGAAGAUAACAACCGCUAUUACAACAACUAUUCCUGUGCUGUUACAGGAUAUGAAGAUUAUCGCUCUCCUCCAGUGUAUGGUCCAAAGCUUCCCUCUGUGUCAGUGAGUCCCUCUGCUGAGAUAGUGGAGGGCAGUUCAGUGACUCUGACCUGUAGCAGUGAUGCUAACCCAGGAGCUAACUACACCUGGUACAAGGAGAAUGUAGACAAACCUCUCAGUAAAGGACCACAGCUCGUCUUCAGCUCCAUCCGGUCCUCUGACUCUGGACAGUAUUACUGUGCAGCUGAGAACGAGCUGGGGACGAAGACGUCUCAAUACAAAUCUAUUGAUGUGAAAUAUGCUCCAAAGGUUGUUCUCCUGUCUCUGACUCCCACUGGGGAGAUCAGAGAGAACAGUAGAGUGACUCUGACCUGUAGCAGUGAUGCUAACCCAGCAGCUACUUAUACCUGGUACAAGAAUGGUAAACCUCUCAAUAAAAAUACACAGAUUGUCUUCAGUUCCAUCCAGUCCUCUGACUCUGGACAGUAUUACUGUGAAGCUGAGAACAAGUUGGGGAGGAGGAGAUCUAGAUCCAUCUUUAUUGAUGUGAAAUAUGCUCCAAAGCUUCCCUCUGUGUCAGUGAGUCCCUCUGCUGAGAUAGUGGAGGGCAGUUCAGUGACUCUGACCUGUAGCAGUGAUGCUAACCCAGCAGCUACUUAUACCUGGUACAAGGAGAAUGUAAAGCUCAGACCUCCCAUUGAAGAACAACAGCUGGUCCUCACGUCCAUUCAGUCCUCUCACUCUGGACAAUAUACAUGUAGAGCUAGGAACAGCCUGGGGCCUAACACAUCCAAACCCAUUUCUAUUAAAGUGAAAUAUGGUCCAAAGCUUCCCUCUGUGUCAGUGAGUCCCUCUGGUGAAAUCGAGGAGGGCAGUUCAGUGACUCUGACCUGUCAAAGCAAGGCUUAUCCAGCAGCUAACUACACCUGGUACAAGAAAAAUAGAAAUCCAGAACUUCAACCUCUCAGUGAAAAUAAACGGCUUGUCUUCAGCUCCAUCCAGUCCUCUGACUCUGGACAGUAUUACUGUACAGCUGAGAAUGAGCUGGGGAGGAGGACAUCUAGAUCCAUCUCUAUUGAUGUGAAAUAUGGUCCAAAGCUUCCCUCUGUGUCAGUGAGUCCCUCUGCUGAGAUAGUGGAGGGCAGUUCAGUGAAUCUGACCUGUAGCAGUGAUGCUAACCCAGCAGCUAACUACACCUGGUACAAGGAGAAUGAAGACUCACCAAAAGCAUCAGGACAGAUCUUCACCAUCACUGACUUCAGAGCUGAACACAGUGGGAAUUAUUACUGUGAAGCCCAGAACAGAAGAGGAAGUCAGAACUCCACCUUACAUCUGAUGUGA